UAGCUAUUAGGUGUGGAUGGGAUAUAUGCGAACAGGGCAUAUAAGUGAAUUUUUAUGAUGAUCAUUGUAAACAAUGAGAUGUGGGGUAGAUUUUUUUAAACAAAAUUCAUGCGGUAAUGUAUUUGUGUUAAAUAAGACUGAAGACAAUUUUAAUUGCAUAGUGGAGUAGUAUCAGGAAGAAACAAAAGGAAACGGAAUGAUAUUUUACCAGAAAUUGAAAGUAUUUCACGAAGAAAAACUGUUUUCAUUGCAAUAAGGAUUUUUUUCGAGGAGUGUACUUUACGGCUAGGGUUCUCAGAUUAUCAGCACAAAUUAUCGAUCAUGUGAUAUACCUGAUAAGAUGCGCCUAAUAUGUAUGUAUUUUGAUUCAGCUGGCAGCCGAUAGCUAGUUAAUUAAAACAAAACUGAGUGUUAACCGAAAAUCAGGAAAUAAAUGUACAAACCCACUUAUAAUUUCAUAUUAAACUCAUCUGAGGAAUUCUAGCGGUGCCAAGUGACACAUAUGUAACAACUAUGUGCUUAGCUAGAAAGGGCAGAAGCUCUGCACUAUAGCUGCGGGUGGAUAGCACUCGCGAGUCUCGCGAUGUGCACGGACGCCAAGCGUGAUCAAAGUCGUUCCCUUCGGCUUGUGAGCGUUUACCUGUCAAAACGGAAUUUUGAGGAGGUAAUUAUUUAGAAAAUACUUUAUGUAAUUGUUUGUAUCGUAUGCAAUGUGAUUUAAUGGAAUAUUCUGUUUGCUCCUCAGUUGAUUUGCCAUUUCCUCGCUACGUUUUUAAGUCACAACGCGAAAGCGAUCAGAAACUGACAUAACGCUCGCAAUUAGACGCAAACCCCAAACGGCCCGCCUUGUGAGGCUCGUGAGCGUUCAGAACUUGAAACGGCACCCAACUAUGUUGUUAAGUUCCACCAAAUUCAUACAGAUGCCUUCUCUGCUCGCCUCAUAAACAGUGUAUACAUAUAUACACGUAUGUAUACAAGUUUUCGCCUGUGGGAGGGGAAAUCAGCCCAACGAGAGCGAUUGUUUUUGUAUGUGUACAAUGAGAGAAUUGGCUUGGGCGAAUAUUGAAGUGAACGCUAUUUUUCUGUAUUCGUUAUACUGAGUCAGCCGCAUGAUUAUUACCGUCGGUUUGAAUGGGAAAUUCAAUAAGUAAUCGCGAAGAGGUGAAGAAUCGGUGCAACUUUUUCGUUCAGCCUCAAUUUAGUUCCGUUCAUAUAGUGUAGUUUUCGAAGUUGUACGUAAAUGAAAUCGCUGUGUGGUUGCCUUUUUUGUCGAAGUGUACACAUCUAAGGCUGACGCGAUAUACAUACUUCAAGGGAGUAAAUAUUCAUCACAUUUGUUAAGGAUUAUCAGAGGACGCUAGCGCCGUGACACUGUUCUAUAUCGCUCGAAUAACUUGCCUAGCGAAUAAUUGGCAUUGUUCACGGGCAUAGAAAGUACUACAUAAACCAAAUGGCGAUUCACGCAACCAGAAUUUGCUGUUGAGUAUCGUGUACUAUUUACAUCGCCAAACGACGAAUACAGUGAGCGGAAUUAGCAUACGGACAGGUCGUAUGGUGGGAACAGGCGGCCCAUAUUUUGCUGUGGCAGUGUACGGUAUCUUUGCGUGUAGUUGAUCGAGGCAGAACGGGUUUUUUCCUAAGUCAACUCACAUCGGCUAGAGUGUGACGGCUGUCGUACUUGUGUUCUGUGUAAUAUUUAGCUGGAGUUAGGGCUACGGAUUUCUAGUGGACAAAUAACGCAAACCAGCAGUUGCGAAUAAAUGCGAAAAUACGGGUAGUGUUUGUGUGGAGGCAAUUCAGUGUAAAUCGCGAUGCCUUCAUCAAUCGGAAUAAACCUUCGAGUGACAGGACAUUGUAGCCAAGGCGGCAGGAAGUACAUGGAGGAUUUCUUCUCCGUCGCUUACCAGCAGUCAGAAGAUGAAAAAGACCUCGAAUAUGCAUUUUUCGGCAUCUACGAUGGACACGGCGGUAGUGAGGCUGCGACUUUCGCCAAAGAGAACUUGAUGAACGAGAUUGUCAGUCAGAAACUGUUUUGGUCUGAUUUGGACCAAGAUGUACUUAGAGCAAUUCGGGAAGGCUAUAUUGCCACACAUUACGCUAUGUGGAAGGAACAAGAAAAAUGGCCUCGGACGUCAACUGGACUACCUAGUACAGCCGGAACAACAGCUAGUGUGGCUUUCAUUCGUCGUGGAAAAAUUUAUAUCGGUCACGUGGGGGACUCAGGCAUUGUUCUGGGCUACCAAGAGGACGGCGAAAAAUACUGGCGUGCGAAAGCACUCACACACGACCACAAACCUGAAUGUAAUGUGGAAAAAACACGGAUACUAAAUUCUGGUGGAAAAGUUGUGACGAAAUCAGGAGUUCCCAGAGUAGUUUGGAAUCGACCGCGAAUAGGCCAUAGAGGACCAGUUCGACGCAGUACACCAAUCGAUGAAAUACCGUUUUUAGCAGUAGCUCGCAGCUUAGGCGAUUUGUGGAGUUAUAACUCUGCUCUUAAUGAAUUCGUCGUUAGUCCUGAUCCUGAUGUGAAAGUAAUAAAAAUUGAUCCAAAGAAUUUUAGAUGCCUUAUUUUUGGAACAGAUGGUUUAUGGAACGUGUUGUCACCUAGUGAAGCAGUUGAACAUGCGUUCGAGGCAGAGCUCGUUAACGAACAUAUCGCAUUGGGGGAUAGCCAUGUAGAGUGGACUAACCCAAGCAAGGUGCUAGUUGAUAAAGCGCUAGAACAAUGGAGUAUAAGAAGAAUGCGCGCAGAUAAUACUUCUGUAGUUACAAUUAUGUUAGAUCCGCCAGGACCUCCAAAGAAAGAUGUGAUACGGAACUGUUCUUCAGCAUCUUAUGGAUUAGAGUACACUCACACUAGCACAUAUAAUAGCAUGCAAGUGGAUAGCUUGGUAAAUUCGUAUGGGAUUGAUGAUAGUGAAAGUGAGACUUUGUAUGAAUCAAGUCACGAUCGUGGUUCUGAUAGUGAUCAAUUAAUUGUCGAUAGUUUCCCAACUAAUGGAUAUGCAGUUAUGACAAGAUUUGAUGACUAUGAAAGUGAUAGUAAUGGAAGUGAUAGGAUAUCAUCUUGUAGUGCAUCCUCUUCGUCUUCUGAUGUCAACUCCAUCGUGAAUUCACCUUCAUUUAACAAUCAAUAUAUGAAUAGUUUUGCUGAAUCAUAUAAUUCGCUCCUAAUUUCCAACUUUGAGAAAGGCAGUGAGACAGAUGAAGCAGAUGUUGAAUGCUACAAAGAUAUGGGUAACAAUAUGUUAGUGGAAACAGACAACUCAGAACACAGCAAUCAGUAUCAGCUACAUCAAUAUCAACAACAAUGUAUGGCAGCAGGAGAAGGUUACAGUCUCACUAAGUUGGAGACACGAGGAGAACAACAAUUUAACUCAAUGCGAAAUUGCAAUCAUCGUGAAAAUUUAUCUUUUCAAGACUUCGGCGAAGCUGCGGAUUACAACCAAUAUAAUAAUAUAUCUAGUAGUUACCAACAACUUCUUAUGCCAUCAGAAAAUGUGACCGUGGAAAUGAAAGAAGUGAAUGAAUUAUAUUGUGAAGGAAAAAAGUUUUUAGAAUGCAAAGACAAGGAUUACUGCGAGGUUAGUUCGAUAAUAGAUAACGAUAGAGGGAAGUCGGAAAUGAACAGAUAUAGUCAUUCAAGUUUAGAUUUUGAUGAAAGUAUUCAAAUCAACGAAAUUUCUUCAAGCAUGGCUGAGUCCAAUGCACAACAUCUUGCCGCCCUUCUAAGUGAUAGAAACGAUGAAACCUUACCAAAAAAAGUGAAAAAUACGCAUAUAUUAAAUAAUAUAGUACCAGCGGUGGAACAAAAUGAGAAUGAAUUGAUAUAUGAACCUAGGCGUCUACGCAGUAGUAUUUUACCAACUGUUGGUUAUAACAAACGAAUGUUACGGUCAAGAAAUACGCUAAGGAAAAAUCUAAAAAAUAAAACCCGCGUUGCUAGGAGUCAGCAGAAACGUUCUACCAUAUCAAAGGUGUUGAAAACAUCAAAUAAUACGCCAAUAUUGACUCAUCCAAGUACAAAUCACAGUUCUCUAGUUUGGUCCCAGCGGCAGCGGAAGAAAUCAUCAAAAGCUCUCUCAUUAUCUCCCACAGUACAAAGUGCAAUGAAAAAUAACACCCUUAAUGGCGAAGUCCUUAAAAAUACCAUUGAAGUGAAACAAUCGCUAGCAUGUAGACAUUGUAGUAAAGGUAAACCAAAGGCCAAUAGUAAAUUGUCAAAACGAAUGGACAACACAUCGCGAACGGCGGUAUCUACGAUCAUCAAUAAUUAUUCCCAUUUUGUAGAGUCGUCGCAACCUACUGCUGCAAACCCGCCGUCAUCCUCACGUAACAGUGCCUGGUGUUAUUCUGCAGUUCAAACUAGAAAUCGAGUACAAAAACGCAGUAAUCAAUAGGCCAAUUUCUUAAAAGUUUCUGAUGAAAAACUUCAUUAUUUAAUACUUCAGCCUGGCCAGAGUGCCGGGCUAUUCUUUGGCUUGAAGUUAUUUAAUUUCACUAGCUUCUAAUCUUGUGUAGGUGAGAUGAAAAUAUAAGAAUUCGAUUUUAAGAAAUUUAAUAGAACAAAAUAAAUAUAUUUUGUAACAAAUUAUUUUAAAAUUACGGCUAAGACACAAUUGUUAAUAGGAAGUUCAAUGAAUUUUGCAAAUACAUCAUUGAUUUUACAGAAAAUAGGCGCUAAUAAUUUAUAUAUUUUAUAUUUGAAAUACAAAUGAUUGACAAUGAUAA